AUGAGCCAAGAGUUUGAUAUUACGCAGGCGUAUCUGAACUUCCUGGAGCAGGACAGCGAGAUGACCAUGCCCAUCGCUGCCAUCGAGUCAUUGGUGACAAUGCUGCGAGUGAAGCAACCAGGAACUUCAGCGGAAAUGAUCAACACGAUCAAAAGCGCAACUGAAACAUUGACGGCUUCGAUCCCGAACUCCAUGUCUCUAAGGGCCGGUUGUGAUAUUUUCACCCGAUUCGUAUUCAGAAAUACACACCUUUACGGCGACUGGGAAAGUUGCAAAAAACAUUUGAUUGAAAACGGAGAGCUGUUUGUUUCAAGAGCCAAACGUUCCAGAGACAGUAUUGCGCAAGUUGGACUGGAUUUCAUCUCCGACGACGACAUCAUCUUGGUUCAUGGGUUUUCUAGAGCUGUCUAUUCUUUACUGAGCCAUGCAGCAGACAAAUUCGUGAGAUUCCGUUGUGUGGUAACGGAGUCCAGACCUACGCAGCAAGGUGCCCAGCUGUUCAGACAUCUGCAGGAAAAGGGCAUUCCUGCGAAAAUAAUCGUCGACAGUGCAGUGGGAAGCGUGAUACAUAAGGUCGACAAAGUGCUGGUAGGAGCCGAGGGCGUUGCGGAAUCCGGCGGUGUUAUUAACCUUGUGGGCACGUAUUCGAUCGGUGUCUUAGCCAAAAAUGCCAACAAGCCGUUGUACGUUGUCACCGAAUCGCACAAGUUUGUAAGAAUGUUCCCAUUGUCUCCGGACGAUCUUCCUGCUACGGCCGGGCCUCUGGAUUUUACUCGAGAUGAAACCGUCGAGCAGUCAAUGGCCGAACCGGGGAUUGAUUACACAUCGCACGAGUAUAUCACUGCGCUGAUAACAGACCUCGGGGUUCUCACACCCAGUGCCGUCUCAGAAGAACUGAUCAAGAUGUGGUACGAUUGA